GAAAACAAAUGGGGGGGUGUCUCUGACCCCAAAGAGUUGCCCCCCCUUAAGCCUGUUUCAAGAUGUAGGCGGCGUGGGCUUCCCGGGGAUGUUUUUGGCGUCAUCCCUUUAGAUGAGCGUGGCCGCGUACCAAUCAGCUCACAGUUCUGGCUGCGGUUGCUAGGCAGAUUAUGUAUAGCCAUGUAACAGAAGAUUACCUUGUCUCAAGACAUAGCAGCCAGAUGGAUCUUUUCAGCCAAGCUCAGGUUCGAUAAUUAGUUAUCAUACUAUGGAGCCCCACAGCAGGGACGACAUGGACUUGAAAGAGGAAACUGCACAGGUGUGGUCUGAAUCAGCUGAGCAGGAACAGAAUACUGCUCAGGUCCACUUUGUCCCUGAAGGUGGAACUGUGGCUCAGAUUGUAUACAGUGAUGACCAGGACCGUCCUUCACAACAAGUGGUCUACACAGCCGAUGGCACAUCUUAUACCUCUGUGGAUACCUCGGAGCAUACUCUGGUUUACAUCCAUCCUGUGGAAGCCACUCAGACUUUGUUUACAGACCCAUCCCAAGUAGCAUAUGUCCAGCAGGAUGCAGCGACACAGCAGGUAACUGUGCUGUUGCCUGCUACUCCUCCUGCUGUUGCUGCUCAGAGCAUGAAUUCCACCAACCUCUCCGUGCUCGGCAACGUUGCCGAAUCCCCACAGCCAGUGGCUCUGGAGCAGGAUCCUCAAGCAGACAGAGUGUCAAUACCAGUGCAUAGCCAAGUUUUGCCUCCUAUGGAGGCCGUGGAUGAUUCUGGUCCCCUAGAACCUUUGGACAACCCAAUAAGUGAUAUGGAAGCAAAAGAGGAUGAUGAUGAUGAUGAUGAUGACGAGGAGGAGGAGGAGGAGGAGGAAGAAGGAGAAGAUACAGACAUGGAUGAAUGGGAUCCAGAUCCACCUCAUCCCUUUGACCCAAAUGACCUGUGGUGUGAAGAGUGUAAUAAUGCACAUCCCUCAGUAUGCCCAAAACAUGGACCCUUGCACCCAAUCCCAAACCGACCAGUGCUGACAAGAGCAAGAGCCAGCCUUCCAUUAGUGCUUUACAUAGACCGAUUCCUAGGAGGAGUGUUCUCCAAGCGACGCAUUCCCAAGCGCACACAAUUUGGUCCUGUGGAAGGACCCCUGGUCAGGCAGUCAGAACUUAAAGACUGCUAUAUCCAUCUAAAGGUGUCCCUUGACAAAGGUGACAGAAAAGACAGGGGCCUGCAAGAGGAUCUCUGGUUUGAACUGUCUAGUGAGGCUCUUUGCAACUGGAUGAUGUUUGUGCGCCCUGCCCAAAAUCACCUGGAACAAAAUCUAGUAGCCUACCAAUAUGGCCAUCAUAUUUAUUACACUACAAUUAAAAAUGUUGAGCCCAAACAGGAACUCAAGGUGUGGUAUGCUGCUUCAUAUGCUGAAUUUGUCAGUCAGAAAAUCCAUGAUGUAUCUGAGGAGGAAAGGAAAGUUCUCCGAGAGCAAGAAAAAAACUGGCCGUGUUAUGAGUGCAAUCGACGGUUCAUGAGCUCGGAACAGCUCCAGCAGCAUCUGAACUCCCAUGAUGAAAAGCUGGACUUCUUCAGCAGAGCAAGAGGCAGAGGCCGUGGACGAGGGAAACGAAGAUUUGGACCUGGCAGGCGACCAGGUCGCCCUCCUAAAUUUAUGCGCUUAGAAGUAACCAGUGAAAAUGGAGGGAAAUGUGCAGAAGGGACACAGGACUUGCUGCAUUUCUCCAGCAAGGAGCAGUUUGAUGAGGCUGGGCAAACCACGCUGAAUGGACUGGACCAACAGGAACAAACGGCGGUGCCACAGGAAACGCCGUCGUCAUUGGAUCAAGAGCCUGAGAGCCACCCAUUACAGCUCCAGCCGCAUGAACAGACUGUGGUGGCUACCCAGAGCACAAUGACCGCAGACGACAUGCGCCGAGCGAAGCGUAUCCGGAAUGCUGCUCUCCAGCACUUGUUCAUCCGAAAGUCAUUCCGUCCCUUCAAAUGCCUGCAUUGUGGGAAGGCAUUCCGCGAUAAGGACAAGUUAGAUCAGCACUUACGGUUCCAUGGGAGGGAAGGAAAUUGUCCCCUGACCUGUGACAUCUGCAACAAAGGCUUCAUUAAUACCAGUGCCCUGGAGAGUCACAUGAAAUUUCACUUGGACCAAAAGACCUAUUCUUGCAUCUUCUGCCCUGAGUCUUUUGACCGCUUGGAUCUGUUGAAAGAUCACGUGGCAGUGCAUGUUAACGAUGGUUGUUUCAUAUGCCCUACCUGUAAAAAGCGCUUUCCAGAUUUUAUCCAGGUGAAGAAACAUGUGCGCAGCUUCCAUUCAGAAAAGAUUUAUCAGUGUACUGAAUGUGAUAAGGCUUUCUGCCGCCCCGACAAGUUGCGACUUCACAUGCUGCGACACUCAGACCGUAAGGACUUCCUGUGCUCUACAUGUGGCAAGCAGUUCAAGAGAAAAGACAAGCUCCGAGAGCACAUGCAAAGGAUGCACAAUCCGGAAAGAGAAGCAAAGAAAGCUGACCGAAUUAGCCGCUCCAAAACAUUCAAGCCCCGGAUAGCCUCUACUGAUUAUGAGAGCUUCAUGUUUAAGUGCCGUCUGUGCAUGAUGGGUUUCCGGAGGCGAGGCAUGCUGGUGAAUCAUUUAUCAAAGAGACAUCCAGACAUGAAAAUAGAAGAGGUGCCAGAACUAACACUGCCUAUCAUCAAGCCCAACAGAGAUUAUUUCUGUCAGUACUGUGAUAAGGUUUACAAGAGUGCCAGCAAACGCAAAGCUCACAUUCUGAAAAAUCACCCAGGUGCUGAGCUUCCUCCGAGUAUCCGAAAGCUACGUCCAGCAGGCCCAGGAGAGCCAGAUCCCAUGCUAAGUACACACACCCAACUGACUGGCACAAUAGCAACACCGCCAGUUUGCUGUCCUCACUGUUCCAAGCAGUAUAGCAGUAAGACUAAGAUGGUACAACAUAUUCGCAAGAAACACCCUGAGUUUGCUCAGGUUCCAACUAACACAAUACAUGUGCCAUUGACAACAGCUGUAAUCAGUGCUGCCCCUGCAGUUUUAACUGCUGACAGCACUGGUGGGGAAACCGUUGUGACAACAGAUUUACUGACUCAAGCAAUGGAACUUUCGCAGACACUGACAACUGACUACCGAACUCCACAGGGCGAUUUUCCACGAAUCCAGUACAUCCCUGUGUCACAAUCCACAGCUGGCUUACAGCAGCCUCAACACAUACAAUUGCAGGUUGUGCAAGUGGCUCCAGCUACUUCACCUCACCAGUCUCAGCAUUCCACAGUGGAUGUUGGACAGUUGCAUGAUGCUCAGACAUACACGCAGCAGGCCAUCCAAGUGCAGCAUAUCCAGGUCACAGAACCAAGUCCGACACCCCAAACAUCCUCACAGGUGGGAAGUCAGUCCCUGAGCCCUUCAUCCCAACCAUCUCAGCAGGAACUCAGCCCUUCGCAGAUGCAGACAACCAGCUCCUCGCAAAGCCAAACUCUCCAAUCACAGCAAGGCUCUUCAGUCCAGCAAACAUAUCUCUCCAGUACAUGGAACUCAUUCCGCAGCUAUCCCUCCGAUAUUCAGAUGAUGCCCAUCCAACAGGGUCAAUAUGUGAUUGCAGAGACAGCCGUAGGUACUCCUGUUACUACUGUGAACACAGGACAAGUGAAAGCUGUCACCCAGCAUUAUGUAAUAGCUGAAAGUCCACCUGACCUGGAUGUAAAGCCAAACCUAUCACUUUCCAGUGGUGUAGAAGUGGAUCUGUCUCAGCCAUCAACACAUUCUGACUCCUUGGCAUCACAAACAGCUAAUCAGCAGCAAACAACACAAUACAUCAUAACAACCACCACCAACGGUAACGGAAGCAGUGACGUGCACAUUGAAAAGCCAUGAACUCCCUUCGUGGCAAAGAAAUAAGGAGAUCCAGUUGAAUCUGAGAACUUUUUAGAUCAUAAUCCUAAAUAUCUGAGGCACCAAGAGCUGUUUUAACAAGUUCAUUUGUAUAACUUGGAAGUUCUACGUCUCAUGCUGUAUUGUAGAAUUUCAAGUCUAAAGAAGAUACAGCCAUUUUAAGAUGCCACCAUUUUUGGGACUCCUGAACAAAAAAUGGUAAAACAAAAUGGAAACUAAGCUUCUUCUGGACUUUAUUUAUUUAUUUCAGAUGAGCCUUUAUUUUUCAUUUGUGGAUAAAUUUACAACAGUGAAAGAAAAGAUUUGCUAAACAUGUAACUGCUGGUAGAAUACGCCUCAUGUCCAUUUCUGAUACCUAAAGGUGUUUGUUUGUUUUGGAAGUCUGCCUUAGUAGCUAAUUACAUGUCUUUUGGCUUUAUUUCUUAAGUAGCCAAGGAAGAAGGAAAUAUAACACCUUGGGAAAAGGAAAAAGCAAGAAAAAAGCAAAUUGUCUGAAAAGAAGGAGCAAUUAGAAACCAUUAUUUCCCACACUGUUUGGGUCAGUGAAACUGUGAAGCUGUGCAGCAGAUAAGUUAUUUUUUAUGCUUUCUUUUUGGGACCUUUGUGAACAGUUUACAUGCCAUCUGCCCUGUCCUGAUACUCAGUUCUGGAGAGUAUGAAGGAAGCAAUCUCGGAACCCUCCCAAAUCUCAAACCUAUUCAAAUCAGAGGAGCAUAUAAAGGUAACACUGAGUUUAAACCUUCACCUUUUUUACUGUGUUCUCUCUGUGCUAGAGGGAUGAUUUCCUUCCCCUGGAAACCAAUAAAAAGGCUCAGUGAUGUUUUAAUGUA